GUCGCCCCUUUUUAACCAGUUUCUCUCAGCUACACCUCCUUCGUCUUAGGAUCGAGCAAACCCUAGAGAGGAGAAAGCUUCCAUGGGGAUCAAACACAUCCUCACCCUAGCUCGCCGCCCCUACCGGCGCCCUUCACCGCUAGUUAACCAUGUCGUCCGAUCUCUCUCAAGCUCCUCUUCAGCGGUCGCUACUACCUUCGACGAACCAUCUCUUCCCUCCCCUCCCCAUCCAAAUCACAUGAUCUACGAUCGCCUUGCCGUACAGGUGAAGAACAAGCUCAAGCAGAUUGAGAAUCCAGAUCCUCGUUUCCUCAAGUACAAUUCUCCCCACCCUUCUGUUAAAGACCAUUCUUCGAUCCUCGCCGCCCCAUUGACUCGCGUCACUACACUUCCCAAUGGGUUGCGAGUCGCCACCGAAUCGAAUCUCAGUGCCAAGACAGCCACCGUGGGUGUGUGGAUUGAUGCCGGAAGCCGAUUCGAAACUGAACAGACCAAUGGAACCGCACAUUUUCUAGAACACAUGAUAUUCAAGGGCACCCAGAAGAGAACCCAUAGGCAUUUGGAAGAGGAGAUUGAGAACAUGGGUGGACAUCUGAAUGCUUACACAUCAAGGGAGCAAACGACUUAUUACGCCAAGGUUAUUGAUAAAGACGUUCCCAAAGCUCUUGAUAUUUUGGCAGAUAUACUUCAAAAUUCCAAGUUUGACGAGAAUCGCAUCACUCGUGAACGCGACGUGAUAUUAAGAGAAAUGGAAGAGGUUCUAGGUCAGAAGGAAGAAGUUAUUUUUGAUCACCUUCAUGCAACUGCUUUCCAAUACACUCCUCUUGGAAGAACCAUUCUGGGUCCUGUUGAAAACAUCAAGACAAUCACUAAAAAAGAUAUCCAACAAUACAUAUCAACUCACUAUACUGCCCAGAGAAUGGUAAUUUCUGCUUCAGGAGCUGUUAAGCACGAAGAGAUUGUUGAUGAAGUAAAGAAAUUGUUCACCAAUUUGUCUACAGAUUCAACAACAACUUCUGAGUUAGUUGCCAAGGAACCAGCAGUUUUUACUGGAUCCGAGGUCAGAAUAAUUGAUGAUGAUAUGCCUUUGGCACAAUUUGCUGUUGCUUUCGCUGGUGCUUCUUGGACAGACCCAGAUUCGGUUGCUUUGAUGGUUAUGCAAUCCAUGUUGGGAGCUUGGAAUAAGAAUGUCGGUGGUGGAAAGCACAUGGGAUCUGAUCUUGCACAACGAAUUGGCAUCAAUGAAAUAGCUGAAAGUAUGAUGGCUUUCAACACCAACUAUAAAGAUACUGGUCUUUUUGGUGUUUAUGCUGUUGCUAAGCCUGAUGUCUUGGAUGACCUGGCUUGGGCAAUUAUGCAUGAAGUAAGCAAGUUAAGUUAUAAAGUCUCGGAAGCUGAUGUAAUUCGUGCUCGUAAUCAGUUGAAAUCUUCAUUGCUUCUACAUCUAGACGGAACCAGUCCCGUUGCUGAGGAUAUUGGACGCCAGCUUCUGACAUACGGUCGAAGAAUUCCAUCUGCUGAAUUAUUUGCUCGUAUUGAUGCUGUUGAUGCUAGCACAGUCAAGCGUGUUGCAAACCGAUUUAUUAAUGAUCAGGAUGUAGCAAUAGCAGCUAUGGGGCCAAUCCAAGGUUUGCCCGAUUAUAACUGGUUCAGACGCAGGACCUACUUGCUACGAUACUGAGUGAUUCGUCGUCGCUCUUUUUUCUUUUAUAUCUCUUUCCCUAUAAAUUAAUUUGAAAUUUCAAAGAAAUUUGUUUCCUUGAAAAGCUAAAUUUUCCAUGAUGAUGAGAUAUGGAAAAGUUUGAUGAUCUUUUUUUCCCUGCUAUUGAUAAUAUUCUUGUAAACUACCCAUGUCUCAGAAUUUGAUAGUAUUGAGUUUUACUGAUUGAGUUUAUGGGUAGCAAUAAGCCCCUGGAUGUUUUUUGUUAUAAUGAAUACUCUCAACUCCAAAGCUUCUUCUUAA